UACGAGUCCACAACAGUGCGCACAACUUACCACAUUCUCUCAUAACAGAAUCCACAAGCAGCAAAACCAGAAUAACAAUGGCCUUCACAUGGUCUGCAACUCAUAUUUCAUUCUGUACCAUAUACACAUUCUUGUUUCUAUCUUCAUUUUCAUUUUGCUCUGCUAGAGAUACCUUAACAUUUCGCAACCCAAUUAAUGACAGCCAGGGAGAAUCUCUUGUAUCAGCCGGAAAAAGAUUUGAGCUUGGUUUUUUCACCCCCAGUGGAAGCUCUAAGCAUGGAAGAUAUGUAGGGAUAUGGUAUUACAAGUCAAGUCCAAUGGUAGUUGUAUGGGUUGCCAACCGUAUUGAGCCAGUACCGUCCAAAACCACUGGGGCUUUUACUAUUUCAGAGAAUGGCGACCUACAGGUACUAGACAAUACUAAAAAGUUAUGGUCAGCUAAGAUCGGCGGAUCAACUUCUUUUAAUAGGACAGUGAAGCUCUUGGAUUCUGGGAACUUAGUUCUUAUCGAAGGUCAAGCUGGCUCAGAAACAAUUCUCUGGCAAAGCUUUGAGAAUCCAACUGAUACAUUUCUUCCUGGAAUGAAGAUGAAUGCAGAGAUGACUUUAACUUCGUGGAAAAGUCAAGUUGACCCUGCGCCAGGGAACUACACUUUCCGGCAAGACCAAGAUCGAGGAAACCAGUACAAAAUUGAGAAUAGAGCAAUUCCAUACUGGAAAAGUGGAUUAUCAGGAGAGUUAUUUAACUCUGACAACAAUCUUAUUUUUACAGCAAUAUCCAACUUGCUCUCUAACUCUGCACCGGGUACUGGAAAAUCGAAUUAUACGAUUAAGAAUAAGACUCUUACAAGUACUACCCCUGGACGGUUUGAUUAUUACCGUAUGAGACUGGUAAUGGAUCUUGAUGGUCAUAUAAAGCUUUAUAAGUUGGAUAACGAUACAGCCCCUGCCUCAUGGAGUUUGACCCGUAUGGAACCAAGAGAUAAUUGCAGCGUGCUUAAUGCUUGUGGUUCCUUUGGCAGCUGCAAUAUUGAGAAAAGUCCAAUGUGCAACUGUUUAGAUGGGUUUCAGCCUAAGGCACUAAAUCAUUGGAAUUCUGGGUUUUAUUCAGAGGGGUGCACUAGAAACUACUCCAUAUGUCACAAGGGUGAUAAUUUCACGAUGUUGAAUAUAACUGGAGUGGGAACCGAAGGUGGCAAUGGAAUUUAUAAGCAGAGUGCACAUGAAUGCAGAGUGGAAUGCCUUAGCGAUUGUCGCUGCCUGGCUUAUUCAUUUCAAAGUACAGAAAUGAGCCGUACAAAGGCUAAUACGGCCACCUGCUGGAUUUGGUCAGAGGAUGUCAACAAUAUCCAGGAGUCAAACGAUGGAGGCAGUGACGCCCGAGAACUCUAUGUCCGUGUGGGUCUUUCUGUCAUAGAUGAUCACACAAAGUCUGAAGGAUCUUCCUACAAGAAGAAGCAAUUUGAUCCAAUUAUCCUGAUGAUUAUUGCAACUUUGAUGGUUAUUGCAUGCUGUUACUUUUAUUAUUUUACAAGAAAAAAAGUGGCCAAAGGACAAGAAUCAGUUAACAGGGAAAGAAAUCAGGCAAAUGCAGCAUUUCGCCUAUAUGACAGUGAGCGACAAGUCAAAGAUUUGAUAGACUCGGGCCAAUUUAGAGAAGAUGAUAAAAAAGGCAUAGAUGUACCCUUUUUCGAUUUGAAAAGCAUACUAGCCGCUACGGAUUAUUUUUCAGAUGCAAAAAAGCUUGGACAAGGGGGGUUUGGGCCUGUUUACAAGGGUUCCUUUCCAGGUGGACAAGAAAUUGCUAUAAAGAGGCUCUCAAGUGGUUCAGGACAAGGCUUGGAGGAAUUUAAGAAUGAGGUUUUAAUUGCUAAACUUCAACAUCGGAAUCUUGUUAGACUUUUGGGCUAUUGCAUCGAAGGAGAUGAAAAACUUUUACUAUAUGAAUACAUGCCAAACAAAAGCUUAGACUCCUUUUUAUUUGAUCGGACGCUAUGUGUGUUACUGAACUGGAAGAUACGCUUUGAAAUUAUUUUGGGAAUUGCUCGAGGGCUGCUCUAUCUUCACCAAGAUUCUAGGUUGAGGAUUAUUCAUAGAGAUUUGAAAACAAGCAAUGUUCUACUGGAUGAGGAGAUGAACCCCAAGAUUUCAGACUUUGGCUUGGCAAGGAUAUUUGGAGGCAAACAAACUGAGGCAACCACAACUAGAGUAGUUGGAACUUACGGUUACAUGUCUCCAGAAUACGCAUUGGAUGGGUUUUUCUCAAUCAAGUCUGAUGCCUUCAGCUUUGGAGUAGUUGUACUUGAGGUUAUUAGUGGAAAAAGGAACACAGGAUUUCACCAGUCAGAGCAUGGUUUGAGUCUUUUAGGUUAUGCAUGGAAAUUGUGGAGAGAAGGCAAGGCUUUAGAUUUAAUGGACCAAACAAUACAUGAAACUUGUAACGCAAACGAAUUUUUGAGGUGUGUUAACAUUGGGCUUUUAUGUGUACAAGAGGACCCAAGUGAUCGUCCCACAAUGUCGAAUGUAGUUUUCAUGCUUGGUAGUGAAGCUGCAACUCUCCCAACUCCUAAACAACCAGCCUAUGUUGUAAGAAGAUCCCUUUCUAGCAAAACUUCUUCUACUACUAAACCAGAAAGUUUGAAUGAACUAACAUGUACCAUUGAAGAAGGCCGAUAAUGGUGGAUAGAAUAAGUGCUCUCAUGGUUCUUGUUUUCUCUUCAUCAGUGUUGCAGAAGUUUCUAGUAUUCUUACUAUGGUUCUCUUAGAUUAAGGCACAUUUCAUGUUUGUCAUAUUGAUACUUUUUUUAUUGUCGCUGAUAUGUGAUUACAUUG